AUGAAAGCGAAGGUUUUGAAAUGGUUGAGCGGAAGAGAGACCCCCUUGGGGCUUUUUCAGGAGGUUGUGGGAUUUCCGGCACUGCACUGCUUAUUGUUUUUUUUUUGUGCGGCCUCUAGAGCGGCGGCUCGGAUGGCGGGUCCCCGGGGCCCGGAGGCCGUGGGGCGCGCCCGCGCGCUGCUGUGCCGGCGGGGGCCGCGCCGCCCGGUGCGCUGGGACCGACUCGGUCGCCGCCCGCCCCCUCCCCCGCUGGCGUGCCUGUGCUCCCCUCUUACCGGAGCGCAGCCGCGACGCCCUCGGGGAGCGGCUAGGCAGCCCGGCGCGGAUCCGAGCGCGACGGGACCCCUCCGGCGCGCUACCCCACCAUAUCUACUCUACCAAAUCGUAAAAUAA